CAGUACCACGCAGCCUCUUGUAGCGUUCACAUCGCAGCACCCCGACGGCGAACACGACCUAUACAACAUAUUACCUCGUUACUUUUGAUCCUCAAUGAAUAAUCGGAGUGCAGUGUUGUUAAGUGAUCAAAAUCGCUAAUAUUUCAGUAUUCUAAAUAUAAACGAAAUUUACGAACUAAUUUUAGUGCAUUUUAUAAUGCGCUCGCGAAAUUUCGAUCUGUGGAACUAUUUAAAAAAUGAAUGUUCUUAAAAACAAACAGUCUUAAUGUGGAUAGUUAAAUAUCAUUACCGGUUAUAAGUUUACGUGAGACGCGAGGGUGAUGCAUCGCCUGUGAUGUCUCUAAUAUGCAGUGGGACGGACUCUACUUCGUGAUUCUAGCAUUAUGUUGUCUGCACACUGCAUCUGAGCCAUUGCGGUUCCCAGAAGACUACAGAACGAAUGGUGUCCGUAGACGUAGAAGCGAGGAAAAGGACAGCCUCGCACUUUCAAGAGAAAUAUUUAAAAACAUCACGAAACAGCUUCGGGAGAACAUCAAGCGAGAAGGGGCGACUGACAAGACCGAUCAUUUGUUACAGACUAAGGUAGAAGACACGAGAAAUUAUGCUCCAUAUCAAAGUUACCACGAUCAUCACCACGAACACCACUGGGGGCCAUAUUUCGAGGAGGAGAAGUACACUCAAGUCACGGCUCACGUGGGAGCUGAGGCGCUGUUAAAUUGCCGGGUUGUAAUGCUCAAAGAUAAAACAGUGAUGUGGCUGCGUAACACGACCGACUCUGCGCAACUACUUACCGUUGGUCCCGCUCCAUAUACGGGCGAUAGUCGGAUCGCAGUAAAAUUCCAAUAUCCAAACAAUUGGAGGCUUAGCAUGAAUCCUGUGAAAAGAUCUGACGCAGGGCACUAUAUGUGCCAAAUAUCCACUCAUCCUCCUAGAACCAUAUUUACGAACCUAACCGUAUUACCUCCAGUAAUAACAAUAAACGGAGACGAUUCGCACGAUAUGAAAGAUAGAUUUUACAAAGCGGGUAGUGCAAUAAAGCUAUCUUGUAUAUUAUCUGAAGAAUAUGCUUCAACACUAUCCACAAGCAAUCCGGUUACGACGCCAAUUCCCACAACAACAACUACUUUAAGAACAACAACAACAGAACUGACAACUAAAUCAAGUACUAUAUUUAAUAGAAUAGAUAUUAUGAUGAACAAAAGUUGGAGUGUCGAAACAUCUACAAUUACUUCGACGGUUAGUAUAGGUACAACGACCAGAAAACCUGAAACGACUACAAAAGAGUUGACAACAGUUGUUCCAACCACACCGCCUACGGUGAAUAAUGUGUACGGAAUUAUGUGGAGGAAACAGGGGAAGGACUUUUUCCAAAAUGUCACUUGGAGGAAUUUAAGUGCCACAAUAAGUGUAACGUCGGCAUCACAAAAUGACAGUGGAACCUACACAUGCCUUCUACUCAAUCAUUCUCAAGUCACCAUUAACGUUCACGUAUUGAUUGGCGAGAACCAAGCUGCUGUACAUCAUGACACGUGGAACAAAGGAACUUUGUUUUGGCAUUCGCAAGAGUUUUACCUAUUUGUUCUAUCAAAUUUACUUGUGCUAUAUCUUUAAAUUUUGAAAAUAAUUGUUAAAAUUACAGUUAAUUCUCGAUCUUCUUUAUGCUUUAUUGUUCAGAAUAAAUUAUAAUCUAAUUGGUUGCUUUUGUUUAAGUAUGAACUUCUAAAUUCAACUAAAUCAAAAAUUAACAAAAUUUAAGUAACAAUAUUUUUUGUAGACUAGUGAUUACAUGAAUGACCAUGAAAGUUAGGAUAAAAUUAUAACGAAUUAAUUAAUAAUCUGUACUGUUGAAUAGCUUAAUAUUUUCUAUCGCAAGUACGAGUAUAAUAAACCUACAUACGUAUUAUACAUAUUUGUUGAACAUUUUUUCAAUUAAAUUUUAGUUUAAUGGAUUAGGCUUUAUUUUAGUUAAGUUUAAUUUUAAUAUAGAACCUUACGCAUCAUCAAUAUGUAUUAAAAGUAAAUAAAAAACGUUAAAAAAUUACGUAAAUUACAAUAACAGCAGCCUUUAUAACGAAAUUAAGCAUAAAGAUUUUGAUCAAGACAAAUAUUUUAAUUUGAUCAAUUAUUAUUUUUGUAUUCGGUGUAUAUAAUUUAUCUUUUGUAAAAUAAUUUAAGCAGAAUGUCUGAAUCUCUAUGCCAAAACCGCAUACGUACACGAAGUGUAUUUUAGCUUUAAGUGUAAAGUUUACCAAAAUUUUAUUGAAAUAUAUUAUUUAAUUUUAAUAAGGUAGAAUGUACAUAUUGCAUAAUAUGACAAAAAAUAUUAAAUGUUUCAAUAUCUUUGUGUCACUACUCAACUAUUGCGUAUUUAACCAAAAAAUUGAUAUGAAUAUUAAAUUGUACAGUUUAGUAAAUAGUUUCUGUGGAAGCUACACCACGAAUGUUUGUUACAAUGUUAUGGCAUAGCCGGCCCCUAAAAUAAUUUAUUUUACUCUUUAUCAAUUAAAAAUAAUUGGAAUACCAGAACUCAGUGCAAUUGAUAAUUAACUUAAAGUUUUGGUUUAAUUUUUUUAAGUUUCUAUUAAGUGGUUGCUUCUAUGAAUUGUAUGAAAACUGCAGUUCCCUACUCUUCUAGGUAAUUAUUAAUUACAUUUUUUUUUUGUAUUUUAUAAUUACUGCUGGGCUUUUUAAUGCAUAAGUAAUGAUCAUAAGAUACAAUAUUACUUUUAAAAACAUAAAAGAUUGGUAUUGAUUCUCAUAAAAAUAUAUCGAUGUGGAGCUAUGAAAUAAAGUAAUUGGGAAAUUGAAAGGUGAAUUGCGUUUUGUCCGACAUUUUGAAACUUUCGAGUUAGAUGAUUAUUAUUUUCGAUAUUAUUGAUUUUAUUAUUCUUAUUACGGGGUAAUAAAAACCAUACUAGAUAAUAUUAAUAUUUAUCUGACUGAUUCAAAAGAUUAUUUUUAUUUACCUUACACUAUUUUCCCCUUACUUUAUAUGAUAUUAACCCAAACCAUAUUAAUUGAUAAAGAGUAAAUUAAAUUUUAUGAAACAUUUUUAUUUCGUUACCAUUUUAUCUGUAAACAGAGAAAGACUAAGUUAUAAUCAUUAUAAGACUAUUAAUAAAGUUUAGUGUAAUAAAGA